AUGUACAUAGACGGACACAGACGGAUCGUUAAAUUUUUUGAUAAGGUUCUGUUGGAAUUUAAAGUUUUGUGGGACCAUUUAUUUACUAUUUUCCAAAAAUUCAACUCCUAUUGCAAUUGCAAGAUGAAAAAUGUUAAAAAGUGGUUAACAGAUUACAAGUGUAAGUUGGAAACAUGCUACGAGUCUUAUGGAGAGUCAGUGAGGAAUGAUAAGGAACUAAUGGAUGAACUAUACUGUUUAUUAAAUCACACAUCUUUUCAUAAAUAUGACCAGCUACUUGAUCCAGUCUGCCAUCAGCUUUUUAAUUUCUACCGAUCCUCAGUUCACAGUCUUCACUGCUUUGCAAUUGAGUUCAUUCCAACCAUUGUUGGCAGUUAUUUGUCGGCCAGUAUGUCUUCAUCUCAUCUACAUUCUGGCUGUUUGGCAGCAUUCUUGUUGGGAGUAUAUAACUUGGGAAACAGUGAAAUGACCACAAUCAAUGCUUUUCCCAUUGUGCCAUCUCUUUCACAGCCAUCAGUCUAUCAUGAUCCGUCAUCUGUAUCCUUGAUAACGAGGUUAACAGAAGCAGCUUUGAGUGUAAGAUUAAACUCUGAACAUGUACCUGUCAAGCGACCAACGCAUAAGAAAUAUGACGGCAUCACACCACAAAACAGAAGUGCAAUUUUGAGUUUCGUGAUAAGCGUAUACAACAUGAACAUAACCUUGAUGUCCUUUCGAUCUCGCAAAUCCCUCUGCCACUUGUCCUCCAAAUUAUCAAGAACAGGCUUUGAAGAUUACGUUGAAUGUUUGUCACCAAUCGCCAACCAGCACUGCUCUACCUCAGGUGAUAAUGGCAGCUGGCAGAAAGAUCCUGAAUCGAUGCACCAAAAAAUUCCCUUUGAUGAAUCACUGAUCAUUGAAAUACUUGUUGGAAUCUAUUAUUUGAUGUUUAAUGGGCUGUCAAAGUUGUGCAUGCAAGCUGUAGAUGAUAUUCAUCUUAGAGCAUCUUACGACUUGAACUACCCUGUCCUGCUUGUAACAAAUGCUUUCCUGAACUCUCUGCAUCUCAACAACACAUCGCCUGACCUGUCACAAGAAGACAGCAAGAGUCUCAGUGUCACGGCAUCCCCAAUCCAAACGCAUCGCCAUUCCAAGUUUCCUAAAGAUGCAAUCACUAAUGCUUCAUUUCGUACCAGGAAGUUGCCAGAUGACAUUGAUGAACAGGAGCCUGACAAACAUAUCUUGGAAUCAUUGCCAGAGGAGCAAUCUGAACAACAGCAGCAACCAAAUAAUCACACGACACCUACACUCUCUGACCAAGACAAGAGCCCAUUCUCAAAAGCCAGCAAGUUGCCUCUCAUCUCAAUUAUCAAGAAGGACAAAUCAACAAAAGUUCACAAAACUGACCCAACAGCAGCAGGAGACAACGUGGCUGCUGCUUCUAAUGUCAUCAGUGGAGUUCUCAACAGUUUUUCAUCUAAAAAAUCAUUUUUGAGAAACAACUCGGACCAGUCAGCAGCUCGAACAGUACAACCAACAACGACAUCAACAACAAUGACAUCAUCAGUCUAUCACGUGGAUGAUGACGUCGAUGAUGAUGAAAAUGGUAAUGUGCCGCUGAAAUUGUUCAAGCAGUUCUCCGAUAAAAAUUCUAACUUAUUGCCUGAGGUUUCGUUUAAAAAUUUGAAAAAUUCGAAGUUUUUGAACAUAACCCCAACAAGAAAUAAAAGGUAUCUGCAACAGCAGCAGCAGCAGCAACAACAACAACAACAGCAGCACUUAGCAAUGCAACACAAUGGCAAUGAAGGUGAUCUCCCUCCGAACAAUAAUUCCAACAUCAUCAACAAAAUGAUUGAUAGAGAUGACAAUGCAAAUAAUACUGAUGAUAAGAAGAUGGAUGACACUGAUGAUGAUGACGAUGAUGAUGAAAAUAAUGCUGAUGAUAAAAUUGGAAAAGAAAAAUCUUUUCCGAAAGAUUAUAUGAAUGGUUAUAAAUACAAGAAAGCAUACAUCGCAAGAGAUUCAACGUUUCUAUGA